CCUUUCUCCCCAACUUCUCUGUUCAUCGUUUUUUCCUCUUUAUUUAUAAUAAAUAUAUUCACAUAGUAUUCUCUGAAUCCAUCUCUCCAAAAAACACCGUUCAAGAUCAAAUAAAUAAACCAUAUGUUGGUUAUUCAUUCAAUAUUUAGGGUUUAAGGUUUCUUGGGCCAGGGAGGGAGAAAGAUGGAGACCUUUUGUGAGUUUCAGAAGGAAGAAGAGCAGAUAGAUCUUCCUCCAGGGUUCAGGUUUCAUCCAACAGAUGAAGAACUCAUAACUCAAUAUCUCCACAAGAAGGUUCUUGACAUCAGCUUCUCAGCUAAAGCUAUUGGUGAAGUUGACUUCAAUAAGUCUGAGCCAUGGGAGUUACCGUGGAUAGCUAAAAUGGGAGAAAAAGAAUGGUACUUCUUCUGUGCGAGGGACAAAAAAUAUCCAACCGGUUUGAGGACUAACCGGGCUACUAAAGCCGGUUAUUGGAAGGCCACCGGGAAAGAUAAGGAGAUUUACCGUGGUAAAUCACUUGUUGGGAUGAAGAAGACACUUGUUUUCUAUAGAGGAAGAGCUCCUAAAGGUCAGAAAACCAAUUGGGUGAUGCAUGAGUUUAGGCUUGAAGGCAAACUCUCUGCUCAUAAUUUACCUCAAACCGCAAAGAAUGAAUGGGUGAUAUGUAGAGUGUUCCAGAAGAAUGCUGGAGGGAAGAAGAUCCCUAUUUCAAGUCUAAUCCGAAUCGGUUCACUUGGAACCGGCUUUAACCCUUCUCAUUUUCCCCAUUUAACCGAUAAUUCGAGUUACAAUGAUAAAACCAAAACAGAACCGGUUUACGUGCCCUGCUUCUCCAACCAAACUGAUCAAGCCCGACGAAACACACUCAAUGGCUUCAGCAACACUGUUCUUAACUCGAUCCAAGCCGACAUUUUCCAGAGAAUUCCACUCUACCAAAGCCCGAUGCUCGCUCAAGAACGUUCGGCUCUACAGGCUAUGAUUGAUAACAACACAAGGCAGAGUCUCAAAGCGAUGAGUGUCUCACAAGAAACCGCAGUUUCUACUGACAUGAACACUGAUACUUCGUCGGAUUUUGAAUACGGUAAGAGACGACUCAAUGCUCAAGAAGACCCGUCUUCCUCCACUGGACUGGUUGAACUUGAACCUUUCUGGAAUUACUGAAGAAGAUUCAGUAGUCUACUGAUUCACUGUCAUGAAAGAACGUAAGAAAACUUUUUCACCUUAUAGUAUGGUGUGUUAAAGUUUGUAUAAAUUUUCACCAUCUCAACUUCCACUAUAUAUUAUACUCUUGAAAAACCUUAAUUUAUGAAUUGGUACAAAUGGGUAUUAUAUAAUAUAAAUGAUGAUAAUAUGCAUAUAUAUGCCCUAAGAGUCUAUAGGAUAAUUUUACCCUUUAAUCACCGUUUUUUUUGUGUUUUGACAUUUGAAGCUGGUGGUCUUAUAGUGUGAAAGUUAAUUCAUAAGAGGUUUACAUUUUAAUAUUACUUGGUGAUAGAAGUCUGCCAGUUUUUAAUAACAAUCUAACAUAAAGUAUUAAAUAUAUGUGGUGACCGUUCAUACCAUGUUUACUAAUUUUGAAGACAUACUACAUUUGUUUUUGAAUGAAAAGAAUAUGCACCGUCCUAUAUUUUAAUUGUAAAUACAGUUCAGAUUAUUAUGGCAUAGCCUUAGUUUGUACUAAAAAUAGUAAUUAUCAUCUGA